AUGCAGCUGGGGACAGACCUGAUAUUUGGCACAAUAGCGGGUAAUCAAGAUCGGUCCAUUCGUGGAGUAGACAAUUCCUCGGUUCUGGACGAACUCAAAUAUCCUAUCGUUGCCCAUCACGAUUCCACCGAGGCGUGCCUGGAAGGCACCAGGACUGGUUUGAUCGAGCGCAUUAUGGCCUGGUGUCGUAACGCAGAAGACAGCGAGAAACGUAUGUUGCUACUAACGGCCGUGGCCGGUGCGGGCAAAACAUCUGUUGCACACUCGAUCGUGGAGGAGUGUGCGAGAGAAGGGAUAUUGUUAUUGAGCUUCUUUUUCAAGGUGGGAGAGCAGUCGCAGCCGGACCAUUUGUUCAGCGGCGUGGCUCGAUCACUGGCGACGCACGACCCAGCAUAUCGAUCUUACAUCGUGUCCGUCAUCCAGAAAGAUCCAACCCUCACAACGGCUCCAUUCACAACGCAAUUCAAGAAGUUACUGGCCGAGCCCCUCUGUCUGAAGGCAUCGCUUCCCAACCGUCCUGUGGUGAUCGUCAUUGAUGCUCUAGACGAAUGCGAGAAACAAAUGGUCGGACACCUUGCCGACAUACUUUGGGAACAGGUGCCCAAAUUACCCUCCAACAUCAAAUUCUUCGUGACUUCGAGG